CAUACACUCACAAUGUGGCAAUUGGUUUUCUCCGCUGCCGCGAUUUUGGCUCUGGCACACGGUGAAUACGACGCAAUACCUGCCUCGAUACUGUACAAAAUGAGAGAUGUUCAUUCAGCAGAAGACUUCAUACGAAUAUUUCACCGCCCUAAACCCCCGUCAGGGCCCGGCUAUCAUGACGAAGGUCCUUCGGGGACAGAUCUGCCAGUGGUCCCAGUGGGACCUCCUGGCAUCCCUGGUCUACCGUCCGGGAAUCCUUACGUGCCUGAUGUCUCUGGGGGCGGUUCGGACGAAGUUGAACAUGAUGACCCAUAUUCAAUCGUCGCCGAUUUGCCACCAUGCGUCCCAAGACUCGCGAUGGUGCCGAUACCCAAAGAUCGAGACCCAGCAGUAUUUCUGUGGCCUCCAUGUGUGGAGCUACAUCGUUGUGGCGGAUGUUGUAACAACGAAUUAUUUGUCUGCGAGGCGACUAAGACCAACAGCGUGGACGUGAAGGUGUAUCGAACUAGUUUCGACCAGAAAAACCCCGAGGCGUUACCAGUGGAAGGAAUACAGACGUUCAGGUUGACGAAUGAAACAGGAUGCGAAUGUUCCUGUAAAGUGAAAUCAGAUCAUUGUAACUUGGAUAUUCAUCGCCAUGAAAACUGUCAAUGUGUUUGCAAACAGCCAGAGAAGGGCGUUACGUGUAUGGAAAGAAAAGUAUGGGAUGAAAGCACGUGUAGCUGCCUGUGCAAAGCCUCGAUGUCUGACAGGAUAUGUUACCCCAGAAAAAAAAUGUGGGACGAUUCCACAUGUCAAUGUGAAUGUAAAAGAACGAUCAGCUGUAAGGAAGGCUACGUGUGGAAUAUCGACAAGUGCAGGUGUGAACGUCUGAAGCCUUUUACUGUAAAACAUUGCCCACCCACAGAUUGUCCACUUGGCAGAUUAUUGAUGCCACCAACAUGUGAAUGUAUACAACCUCGCGAUGUCUAGCCAUUGUUAUAGCAAGUAUAUUUCAUUAACAAAGGUGUCUGAUUCAAGUGUCUGAAAAAAAAUUAAUUCAGCAAAUGUAAAUAAGUCAGGAGUUCAUCUCGACUACAUUUCACAUGUGACUCAAGUUAUUUAAUACUGGGCUGAUUUGUCGUUUUUCAAUUUGACCGCUCUUAUAAAUAGCGCCCUCUAUUGACGGAAUGCUUCUUUGAGUAAUUUCAGUAACUAAGCAAAAUAGACAUUAUAUAUAUAUAUGCUUUAUAUUUUUAUAGUCACAAAAUAUUGUAAAAUACGUCUUAUGUAAUAAAUGUUAUUUAACUGUG